AUGAGGUUGCGGUCGUUACUUGAUCUCGUCCAAGAAUGCAAUUUUUCCGUCAUCGACCAAUUUCUAAAUGCUAUAGAGAUUUUCGAUGAAAUUAAACGUCGCAUUACUGAAUGCUUAUCAAAGCCGCAACAAGAGUUGGAUGCCAGCUUUUGGGAAGCAGAAUAUCAAAGUUUAUCUCGUCUUCUUCAAAAUCAUCAUCAGAACAAUUAUACUCUACCGUCUGGACUUGGCGGUAGUCGUAGCGAACCAGCUGUAGCAGCGACUGGAGCUGAUCUAAAGGAAUGCAGAAGGAUUUUAAGUGAAAGUGAAACAGUCAAGAAUUCUUUGUUAACACGUAUCAUUAGUAAAUUUGUUUUUUAA